AUGAGGGCCGGAAACCUCAUUCUUUCUGCUCUGGCAGCCUUUACUGUCUCGGCGUCGCCGCUGGAUAAACGACAGUUUUCUUACGGGUCAACGCCAGUGCGCGGUGUCAAUAUUGGAGGCUGGCUGGUGCUGGAACCUUGGAUUACACCAUCCAUAUUUAACCAGCUCGGCGGCAAUAUCGUCGACGAAUAUACUCUCUGUCAGCAGGUUCCUAACGCCGAGGAGGUGUUGCGGAGUCACUGGGAUAGCUGGGUGACCUUGGGCGACUUCCAGAAGAUUGCUGCCAACGGCCUGAACCUGGUCCGGAUACCCAUUGGGUAUUGGGCAUUCCAGAAGUAUGAGCAAGACCCGUACAUUCAAGGUGCCGCCGACUACCUUGAUGCAGCCAUCGGCUGGGCUCGUCAGACUGGCUUAAAGGUCUGGAUCGACCUUCAUGGCGCACCGCUCUCGCAAAAUGGCUACGACAAUUCUGGACAGCGUACUUCAACCCCUGGCUGGACCACUGGAGAUUCUAUCCAGGCCACGCUCAACGUGAUUUCGCAGAUGGCGCAGAAGUACGGGACUUCCGAGUUUGCGGAUGUGGUUGUGGGCAUUGAGUUGUUGAACGAACCUUAUAUGGCAGGUCUUCCAGGCGGAAGAUCAGCCACGCAAGGAUACUACCAAUCAGGUUUCAACAUAGUCCGAGGCGCCGGGCCUAUUCCAGUCAUUUUUCACGAUGGCUUCGCCGAUCCUUCUCAAUGGAACGGGUUCUUGACCGGCCAAGGCAUCUCCGGAGCGAUUGUUGACCACCACGAAUACCAAGCCUUCACCAACGAGUUUGUCGCAAUGUCCUGGCAGCAACAUGUCGACUACGUCUACUCUCAUGCCAAUGAAUGGGCUCAAGGUUUCGACAAGUUCGUCAUAUGUGGAGAAUGGUCCGCCGCCAUGACUGACUGUGCUCCUGCCAUCAAUGGCCGUGGACUUGGGUCCCGGUACGACGGAUCCUAUCCUGGAUCUUCCUACGUGGGCUCCUGCGCCAACAUCGAUUCCAUCGACCAGUGGAGCAGUGACCUAAGGACGGCAACGACGAACUACAUUCGUGCUCAAAUCAAUGUGUUCGAGUCAAAGAUCCAGGGCUGGAUCUUUUGGAACUUCAAGACCGAAAAUGCGCCUGAAUGGGACUUCUUCCGCCUGGUCGACAAUGGUAUCUGGCCAUCAUGA